CGAGCACAGAAAAACAGAUCAAAGAAACCUUAUUUCACAUUGAGCGAAGGAAAUAAAAGAUAUCAAGGAUGCAGGCUGCAGCUGUGUGCUUCACAGGGCCAUUGCCAGUUAAAGGCACCAAGACCUUGGUCCCAAGGAGGUCAUCUAAGCCACUCAGGACCCUCAUCAGCCCAAGGGCUGUGGCCGUUACCACCUUCGAAACAUCAACUAUAGACUACAGCUCCUCGAUCUCUGUAUUCCCUAUGGAGGCCUGUGAUAUAAUUGGUGGUGAGGCAUGUAAUGCUAAGAUGUUCCCUGAAGCAAAGCUUGCAGUGUCAUCGAGCGGCGCAAAAUCUACAGCGGCUUUGCAGGAGAUCGACAGGGACUAUAUCGAGUAUAACGAGCCCAAAACGGUAUUUCCUGGUGAGGCAUGUGAUGAUCUUGGAGGAGAGUUCUGUGAAGCUGAGUACCUGAUGGGGGUUUACAGAGAGGAGGCCCUAGCUUGACCAAGGGGUGCACUUGGGUUCUAGCUUGUUGUAAAUGGUCAAUACUAGAAACAGUGGAUGAAAUAAAAGCACUCAGCAUACUUAUGUAGAGCUGUGUAUAUUUCUUAAAUGCCAGAGAUUAAUAAAGCUUGAACUUUGAUGUUUUCAUGUCAA